AUGGCUGGGCCGACCGUAUACACCGACGUCGCCGAGGAUUUCGAUUUCGCGUCAGGCGGCCAAUUAUUUGCUGGCAAGAAAUUCUGGGUUGCGCAGCGCGUAGCGUCGCGGAAACGGCUGCUGGACGACAUCAAGGCCAAUGGCGGAGAGAUCGUUGCGUUGGAGAAGAAGGCGGACUACCUCAUCGUCGACCACGCUCGGAGAGACUGUCCUCCCGGAUCAACAUCGUAUGAAUUCAUAGAAAAGUCCAUCAAGGAGGGAGAACUCCAAGAUCCCGAAGACUACACAGCCGGCCCGCCGCUAGGUGAGGCGCGAGAGGCUGGUUCCAUCCACCAACCAACGAAGAGCGGAAGGACAUCGUACACAGCAGAGGAAGAUAGGAUACUCUCCAAAUGGGUGCGCGACGCUCAAUCGAAAGGCGCUUCCAUCAGCGGGAAUGAGCUAUACAAGCAGCUCGAAGCCAAGGCAUGCGCCAACAAAGAAAACGCGCGCGGGACCCCCUCCAAGCCUACAGAACAGCAAAUACCUAAAACAGAACAGACUCCAAGUGAGACAAACCUCGAUAAGAUGGGUAAAACAAAAGCGAACAGCGACUAUAGUGUGGAAGAGUUAGAAGUCUUGUUCAGCACAGACGACUGGCUGGAAUUAUAUGCUUUUGUAGAUUUCAUCGAUGGCGUGGAAGGACAAGACGAUUACCUCUCUGCUUGGGAUGGGUGGGCCGAGAAUCAGGGAAACCAAACUGCCGAGCAGUGGCGGCAGUAUUACGAGAUGGUAGUCCGUCCACAGUGGUUGCGCGAUCCGACAUCGAAAAGGGAGAAGAUCAGGAAGAAGAUGGAAGAAAAGCACGAUGCCGCAAACGCAAGGCGGAGUCAGGCGCUCAGUCAGCAUCCAGCAGAGAUCGAGAAACCAGACGAAACACUGUCACAACCUUCUCCAACAACACGAAAUAGAGUGGAGCCAGUACAGCGGUCAGCCUCUGAGGGAGCGAACUCUGAGGAAUUACCGCAACCCCGAAACCCACCCAAAAUUGCGUCAGAGCCUAAGAUGCCGUCAUCAUCCACCGCUCGCCAAGAAUCUCCGAACUUUUAUGAUGAGCAGCUUGCCAGGUACACUAAGCGAUUACGGGAAGACAACUUUGUGAAGAAGGAAGAUGAGGAAGAAGUAGCUCCUCCCACGAAACGUCGGAAGAAUGGAAGCGCGACACCUACCCAGGAAGAGCCAAUGCAACCGAUCAAAGCCGAGGGCGCGCAGAACCAGCCUGUGGAGAUAUCUUCUGCUGCGAGUUCCCAGACUACGUCGACGUCAGAAGAUGCUGAGGAGCUGGUGCAAGAGCAAAUCCGGCCUCAAGAGCUCGAUGCAAUGGAUGAAGAUGCUACCAUCGUCAACAUAGACGAGGAUCUGAAGGAAGAAGAGGCGGGAAGCAUAGAGUCAGAUGACUUCCCUGAUAUUGAUGAGCUACACCCACUCUCACAGCCACGAGAACAAGACUCAGUAUCUGACGAUGAUUUGCCCUCAAACACACCUACACCGCGUGCUACCCGACAAAAGAUUUCUAAUUUCGACACUCAAGCCAUCCUAUCAUCGCCGACACAAGACACGUUCUUAAGACCACAAGACUUCGUCCCCAACAUGAACCCUCGACAACCGCAGCGGUUCUCAUCACCACUCGAACAACCACCAUCUGACGCAUCAACAACCCAAUCCAUGGAAGAGUUCCGCCGCUCUCUCCAGGAAGAAGGAGAAGAAGAAGAUCCAGACCGGACCCUCUACUCGCAGCACCCCCCUCAACCACUCCUCAUAUCCUCAUCCCCCGCACCAUCCACCUCAUCCACAGGCGAAGAAGACCCCGACCCACCUCUCACCGGCGACGAAAUCGUCGAUUUCUACACCGAGCUAAACGAGCAAAAAUGGUCCAACGAAUUCAUCAGCAAAGCACUUAAACGCACAGGUCUGCGUCCUGACUUGGCAGAAAAAGUACUCGAUGCAUGGAAGGUUGGCAAGCCUUUACCGAUGGAAAGGGGUAUAUGGAGUAAAGAAGAUGAUGAUGCUGUUGAAGGUGGUGAUGGGUAUCAGUUGGCAUUGCUGGAGAAGAAACAUACGUUGGAUGGGUGGGGUGGGAUUGUGGAACGGUUGAAGUUUUUGGACACGUAUCGGAGUCGGUAG